ACAGGAGAAAAGCCUUUCACAUGUACUGAGUGCGGCAAAAGUUUUAGAGAAAAGAGUAGUUUGAGAAAACAUGAAAGGAUUCACACAGGAGAAAAGCCUUACACAUGUACAGAGUGUGGAAAAAGCUUUACACAAAUGAGUACUCUGAAAUCCCAUGAACUGAUUCACACAGGAGAAAAGCCUUUCACAUGUACAGAGUGUGGAAAAAGUUUUACACAAAUAAGUAGUCUGAACAAUCAUGAAAUGAAUCACACAGGAGAAAAGCCGUUCACAUGUACAGGGUGUGGAAAAAGUUUUACAAAAAUAAGUGAUCUGAAAAAGCAUGGAAGAAUUCACACAGGGGAAAAGCCUUUCACAUGUACAGAGUGUGGAAAAAGUUUUACAGAAAAGAGAAAUCUGAAAACUCAUGAAAGGAUUCACACAGGAGAAACCCCUUUCACAUGUACAGAGUGUGGGAAAAGUUUUACACAAAUGGAUUGUUUGAAAAUGCAUGAAAGGAGUCACACAGGAGAAAAGCCUUUCACAUGUAAAGAGUGUGGAAAAAGCUUUACACAAAUGAGUAGUCUGAAAAAGCAUGAAAAGAUUCACACAGGGGAAAAGCCUUUCACAUGUACAGAGUGUGGAAACAGUUUUACACAAAUGAGUGAUCUGAAAAAUCAUAAAAGGAUUCACACUGGGGAAAAGCCUUUCACAUGUACAGAGUGUGGAAAAAGUUUUACACAUAAGAGAAAUCUGAAAACUCAUGAAAGUAUUCACAAGGGAAGAAACCUUUCACAUGUUUAGAAAGUGGAAAAGGUUUUUAUUGAAAUCAGGUAUCACAAAACACCAACUAUUUACACACAAAUAAACUUUAUAUACACAGUGUACAAACCUUUUCACAAUUAUCCUAAAGAGGACAAACUCUCUAAAUAGAAGCAUCAAAAGAGAUGUUAUUGUAAAUAAUACUUUCUAAAACCAGUUAUAGAAGCCUCAGAUUGGAAGUGCUCUCCUGCUGUCAUCUUUUCCUUUAUAUAUAUGUGCACCUCAAUUUCUCUCAUAUAAAUGUGAUAGAAUCCAAACACCACACAGGAAUAUACAACUCUGUCCUCAUACUGAUCAGUUUACGCAACCAUUCACCACCAAAACACCCCCAGUGUUUUUUAUUAAUAUGCCAGUGUUAGGAGUUGUACAUUUGAUUUACAUAGGGGAGAAAAUAAUUACAUUUACAGAAUAAAGGAGUCUUUAUAUGAAUAGAGUGUUAGACAAUUAUAUAAACAAGAACAUCAGUCUCAAAUGAUUGACAUCUAGGAGACAUAUUUAAUGUGCACAUCAUGUGGAUAAACCUUUUCUUAUAGCAAUAGAUGCUUAGCAUUGUACAUGUUAUAUACCAGAGGAAUUACUGAGGGGAAACUGAUUUUAUUUAAUGAGACACAAUAUCAGUAACCGGUACAUACGUGAUCAUAAUCAGUUUAAUUUAAAUGGCUACUAUAACCUACAUGUAAACUGGGUAUGUAAUAUGUGUAUCAUGUUCUGUAACUGGAUAUUAUGUCUGUUAGAUGUUUUCAUGUUAGUUAGAAGCCACAAGAACUGAUAAUAGCACAUACUGUAUAUACAUGUGUAUCGGCUCCAAAACAAAGUACCGGUAUAUAUUUGUCUCAAAUAAGCUGCUUACAAGCACAAGACUUGCAUGUUAAUUUACUUUGCCACCGCUAUUUGCAAUCAAGAGUUGCAGCUUAUUUGAGACAAAUAUAUACUUUGUUUUGGAGCCGAUACACAUGUAUUAAUAUCUGUAAUUGAAUAAUCUUUAUGUGUAUUCGCUCACAGUAUUUUAGUUAAGUGAUUAUCUCACUUAUGAUAUUUAAUUAAAUAUAUCGGUCUCUAUAUAAUAAUAACAACUGAUAAUAUCUUUUGUCAUUUCAAGUGCUACUUUUUAUAUCUGCCUUUGCAUUUCACUUGAUACCUUAUAAGAGGGGUAUUUACUAAAUGCUAUUUGAAUUUAUUUGUACAUGAUAUUCUUUAUAAUACUGAGAAAGUAGUAAUUUAUAGUACUGAGUUUAAGCUACUUUUAACAGUGUGUGUAGGAGUCUGGCUGGAAUCUGUUGGCAAUUUUCUUAAUAAAGAUAUUUAGUAUGUAUGUGCCAAUUUGAAAGCUAAUUUUUCUUUCAUAUAUAUAGGAAUAGAGUUGGGCAAUCUUUCUUUUUCUUGCAAUUCCUUUUGCAUUUCAAGUACAUAACAAUAAUAAACUGAUCUAACAUA